ACAGCAGAGACACUAGUGCUUAACGGGGGACUCUAUGCCCAUUGCACUAGGGCAUAAUGAAAUGAGCAAACUCACACCACAAUCAUCCUCCCUUUUCCAAACCCAAACAAAACCACACUUCAUUUCCAUUUUCAUUUUCUGCAUCUCCUUCUCCCACCCUCCAUAAAAAUAUGCAACAACCAUUUUGCAAUCCUCUCAAUUUCACACCACCUAAUAAAUUGAGCAGAACCCAUUAAAAAGCUUCACCAUUUAUGAUACACCAAAACCCAAAUCAAGGCCUCUCUCUCAAGAAAAGAGAGAGAUCAUUCAGACCCACUUCACAUUCACAGCUCACACCCUUUCCAAAUUCCCAUCACCUUUUCCAAACCAAAGUACUACGCCCAUCUCAAGAAACCAUGAUGCCUGCUCAUGGGGUCACCUUCUCUCUCAUAUUCCUGCUCUUUUUGGCUACUGUUCUCACUACCACUGAAGCAAGCUUAACCCAUGCAAACGGGUCAUCGGCGGUGGCAGCAGCUGCCACGGAUAAAAAAGACAAGGUGGAGCCGCUGGUGCCACUCGUAGGAGCUGAAAAUUUCAAGACUUUGGUGAUGAAUGAGACCAGAAGGAGGCUGGGGAGCUUUCAGAUUUGUGCAUUGUGUACUUGCUGCGGAGGUGCCAAAGGACUUUGCUUGCCGUCUCCUUGUUGCUAUGCCAUCAAUUGCAACAUUCCCAACAGGCCCUUUGGCUUCUGUUCGUUCACUCCCAAGACCUGUAAUUGCUUUGGAUGCCAUAUCUAACUCUUUCUCUAUAUUUUAUAUUUGAUAAUUUAUAGUUUAUAUUGUUUUAAUUGGGGUAACCUUAAUUUUGUUGGGAGUCUGGAUGAAAAAAGAAUAUCUGUUCUUGAUUUGUUUGUUUAUAAGUUCAGAAAUUUUAUAUUUUAUCAGUUGUGGGGAGGAGGGGUGCUAUUUCCAGGUUAGUUUUUGCUAAUAUCUAGUGGGAUAUUUUCCAUUAUUUUUUUGCUGAAAUAAGCAAUGCCUGGAGAUAGCUCAUUGCUAGAAUAGCAGGAUUAGCAUAAUUUUGUGAGGUAUUUGAGGAAACAUUGUCCUUGUUAAUGGACCUAUUGGGGCUUAUGAUAUUUUAUUGACUUUUCAAAACAAUAAAUUAAUGUAAGUUCUCAGUAGAGCUGUUGUGACACUCAUGACAAGGAUUAAGAUUCAAGUUGUCUAUUAUUUUAGUGUU